AUGACAGCAUCAAAAAGUCGGAUAUUGAACAGAAAUAACUUGACUGAUUCUGGGGGUUCGUCUUCCUUUGGUCGCACUUACUUCUCACUAUGCCAUUUACACUUUCUUCCUGUUCGCACAGAAGUCAUGCGUCCAGCACUUGAAUCCAAUAACCAACUGUAUUUGGAUGUCGAUAGGAUAAAACGCGACCGAGAAUGGACUCCGCUAUUGCAAGCCAUUCAUCAAAACAGAGACUUGAUGCAGCUGAGUGUCUUUUCAAAUCAUAAGACUGCCAUCAAAAACAACGACAGUAAAGUUCAUUCUGUCAAGAUAAAUGUAUCUCAAGGAGCACACAUGGCAAAAACUGCUCAUCAGAACCCCAUCGCGCAAUCAGAAGCAACAGUCAGUCGAGUCCUUAUUCCACUAAUCAGUGCUGUUCGAGAAUGUUUGACGCAUAAUCACCAUCUGACAAAAUUAGAGAUUGUUGGAUUCCAUCUACGUGAAACUGCCGUGACAUUGUUGGCAAAGGGUUUAUAUAAUAACAAAGUCUUGCAAGAACUUUCGUUGGCACGCACAGAUUUAGGCGAUUCUGGCAUCUACAGUUUAGCAUUAUCUAUUCGCACCAUUAUUCAUCUCAAACACCUCAAUUUGAGUGCUUGUAUGUUGACCGAAAAAGGAGCACACAACAUUGCUGCUUUGCUCAAGAGUCUAGCAGUUAAAAGACAGGCUGAAAAAUGGGCUGGGUCGUUGCGACUAUCAGGCGAAGAUUCUGAGCGAGUCGAAUCAGGAAAUAAUUUGCCAUUAAAGGCUCCUGUUUCAUUGAAACGACUGAAUCUUUGCCACAAUCGAAUCGGUGAUAUAGGGUGCGAAGCAUUGCUGGAUCUUGUUCGCGAGGAAGUGGGUUUAUUAGCUUUGGAUAUGCAAUUCAACGAGUUGACAACCAAGAGUGCAGUAUUGGCUCAUACCGUGCUUGAGCAAAAUAUAGAAAUGACUGUUUUUGAUAUUCGAAACAACUUAAUUGAAGAUAAAUAUUUAUACAGUAUUCACAAAUUAUUAUUCAGAAAUGAUCAGCAGCGCUGUGAAAUAACCAAAACUGGACGAAAAUCAGCAUUAUCCCGUGAGAGCAGCGUAUCAAAUGCAAUGACCAUACAGCCCGAUCCUGAUUUGUAUUGGCUUGACAGCAAAGACCCACUUAAAGAUACGUACUAUCUUAUUGAUGCGAGUAUUCGUCAUCAUUUGCACACAGAAAGCUCAAUAACCAAACGAAAGAUUUUGUCAAACCAGAAAGUUUCCCAAACUCGAGUAAUAGGCCAAAAGCUUCCUAGCGUGUUUCACAACCUUCAAAAAGAAACACCUUGUCUGAAUAGUGUAAAAAAAACUUGCACUCCAACGACCAACAAGAAAAAAGAGAUGCCCAAAAACUCUUCACAGGGGAUCCACCAUACAUUGGCUGAAAUGAAUGCGAUGGCUGCGCUUGAAUCGUAUAUUUCACAUCGGAUAUCGCCGCAGUCAAAUACACCCAGUCAUUUAAAGUCAAUCGCAGGUGUACAAUCGUCCAUCAAGCCAGACUCGUUAAAAUCUUGUCUCAAAACCCCAAUAGAGUGCUGGGUAUCUACAAACCCCGAACCUCCAUCCAUUUUAACUACCGAGUCUGAGCCUGUGAUAAAUACCGCGAAAAGCACGGUCAGUAAAGUGAACCCAAUCAGCUCCCAGCCAAUGCGUGGUUUACAUCCAAAUGAUAUUGCUAGGAUUGCAAGUACAAUUGGUGACACCGAUAUGGAAAUUCACAAAGAGGAUAUCCCAGUUACGUAUGCGCUGGAUCAAGUACUUGUCUCGAACAACAAUGUAGAUAUAGUCAACGCAGUCAAACCAAGCCAUCCACUCGAUCAACCAUUGGAUGUUAAAAUAGCUAUAGAGUGCAAACCAACGCAAGCAAGCAAUACAACUACAAACGUGUUGGACUCGAAAAAGAUGGAUUUAUUACAAACUAGACUGGAUCAAAUUGAUACUGAUUCUUCUAUAUCCAAAUCAACCAAGUAUCAAAACGCAUCCAAGCCUUUUCCCUUUGUUACAACCGGAAGUGCCGAGUUUGGUGAGUUGAUCCAAUUAUCAGGAACAUCUUGUAGUCAGAACCCAUCGCAGUCACUUGUUUCUAUUCAGCAACAAUUGCAUCGAGUAUCACAACACCUAUCUGAUCCUACUGCGUACACAUCCAACCUACAAAUGAAUAUGCUGAUUAAGCUUGUGGAGUCGUCGCUGGAAAGUUUUCAUACGAUGUUGGAUCAGAUUGAUGAACGCGAGAAGUGUAAAAGACAACGCCGACAGGAAAAAAAGGCACAUUCGGUACAGCAUCGUGGUCAUUCCAAUACCAUUUCCUGUAAUCACACCAAUGCAGAUAUGAGUGGCGAUGGUUUGAGUGAAUGA